CAGUUUUUGUUAUGAAAUUUUAGUUUGAGAAUAAACUUGAGGUUGAAAACCUAAGUUUUCUUGGAUCCAUCUUUAAUUUUACGGAGUUCUUAGUUUCUGUUUGUUCUACCCCUACCUUCCCUGCAUCAGCUAUGCAAGCUUUACAGCGACAGGAACCCAUGGGAGCCCGUAUUGAGAUGCCAGAAGGUGACCAUAACCCUGCAGACAAACCGGAAAGUAGUCUGGAGGAUGAGUCUGUGGAUGGAAGGGAUGAUAACCCUUUUCAUGAAGCUGGAACCGCAAAUCAAGCGGUAAGAGGUGGAUUGGAAGAACGGUUGAUACAUGCCCUUGAUUUGAUUGAAGAGGAAGGUGGUGACACGAUAGAACCAGUUUAUGAUGUUUAUUGUGAUGAAACUGAAGAAGUGGACAUUCUAUCAAUUCAGGAAGAAUCUUUAAUGAUUCAAGGAAUUAUGGCAAUAACUAAAAAGAGGGACAAGAUUAGAGGAGUCAUUCUUUAAGGGAAGAUGAUCAAGAAAAAAAAUCUCUAGCUGACAGGAAGAUAAUUGGUUACGCAUCUGCUGAGAAAUUUGAAGCUAAAAGUCAAGAGGCAGGAGUUAUAUAUGCUGUUCUAUAUAAGCUGUUGGGAGAAGAACAAAAAGGAGAAAAUUCUAUGAAACUUGCAACCUAAUGAAAAUCUGCAGCUAUU